CCAUCUUUCGUGUGUGCAGCGUUUCCUCCCUACCGGGUGUUCUGGGUUAACCGGUCCGGUCGCGCUGCAGCGGUUGAGCGUAGGUUCCGGGCACUGAGAGUGGACGGUGUGUAGCAGAGCUACCUGCUCAGAGGUACGGAGGGUGAACAGAAUGGAAGACAUUGGGUCCCUUUGUUGAAAGUACCUGUUAGAGCCUGGGGUGGCCUGGAACAUCCUACAGUAAGCAGCGGCCUGCCUCCAUUCUCAGCUCUGCCAAGAUGGACCCAGGAAACCCCACUGCUAGAAACCUCACUGCUGGAGAGCCCACUUCUGGAGAUCUCACUGCUGCUGGAAAGCCUACUGCUAGAGACUCUGCUGCUGGUAUGCCUGCUAGUGUCCCCUCUGCUGACACAUGCUGCUCUGCUGGCCAAGAUCCCUUGCUGUUCCUACAGGCCCUACGGGAGCUGUGGUCCACAUGGGACCUACAGCAGCUCUGGGAGGAAGCCUGGCGGGGGUUUGCUGAACUGGAUGACCCUCUGGGCAGCCUGCUGGACAUGCUGGAGGGCAGCCGGGCCUGGAAGGGAAAAGGCCCCUCUCUAGAGGCCUGGGUGGCCCGUGAGCUACAGUGUUGGCUGCAAACACAGCCCCAUCCACAGUCAGUCCAGCACAGCCCGAUGCUGACCCAGUUGCAGACCAUUGCCAUUGAAGUCCUCACUGAAAGCCCCUCCAGUCUGGUAGAGCCCCUGGUCAGUAUCUUCCAGCUACAGGACACAGACACCAGCUCCCUCCUGGCUCAUAUCCACCACCUCUACCAUAAGGGCAGAUUCAAAGAAGCAAUCGUGUUGGGCAUGAAGUUGAAGCUGCAGCCUGAGCUGGAUAUUGAAAAGAUGAGCACCCCACUGUUGCUCCAGGGCAAGAUGAACCUUGUUGAAUGCUACGUGGCUGGCUUCCCAGAGCUCCAGAGGAAGCUGCUGGCCCUUAUGGACUCCUGGUGCCAGCCUGGCUUUAACAUCAGGGAUGUUGCCAGGCAGCACCCCAGGGUAACCUCCAUGAGACUGGAGAGGCUAAGCCCCAAAGUGCUCAGUCUGCAGGUCCUGCGUCUGCAGCAGCAGUACCAUGCAGCCCCUGCACUCUGUCCCAAUGUCAUCGCCCAGCAGCGCCUGGGGGCCCUGCAGUACCUGUGCUACAAGCGGUUUGUGGAGAAAAGCAUGUCUCAGGAGAUCUGGACCGACCAUGUUCAGGACCAGGUAGACCAGAGCCCCUGGCUACAGGAACAGCUGCUCCAGCUGGUGGCCUCUCAUAGGGAUCUAGCCACCACUGCCCAGUGUGCCCUGGACCUCUCACUGCCUGAAGAACAUCUGCCAGCCAUGGUGGCUGUGGAACUCAGUCGACUCAGGCUCCAGGGGAGGACAACCAAAGCUGAUUCAAGACUGGAGGAGCCACAGGAAAAUGUGAAGGAGGAUUAUUACCAGCUGCCCAUCACCAGGGAGAACAUCUACUUCCUGUCUUCCUGGGAGGACCUGGCCAGACAUGAGACUGCACUGCUGCAGCCUGGCAGGGUGAUCGGUGUGGAUGUGGAGUGGAGACCUUCCUUUGCUGGGGUGGGCCGGCCUGCAUCCAUUCUGCAGGUGGCCGAGGAGGGCUGGGUGUUUCUGUUGGAUGUGUCUGUGCUCUCACAGCCACCACAAGGGCAGGGGGCAAAGGCCUUCUCCAGGCUGGUGUCUCAGCUUCUCUCAGACUCCUCCAUCGUCAGGUUGGGCUAUGGAAUGGUGGGAGACCUGAAGAGCCUGGGCACUGUCUGCCCUACUUUGGCUGGUGUAGAGCAGCAGAUUCGGGGCAGCAUGGACCUGUUGCCAGUGCACAGAUGGAUGCAGGUGGCAAACAUGCUGGCCUCUUCUGUGGAUGGGUCUGGGGGGCCACGAGGCCUGAGCUUCCUGGUGCAGCAAGUGCUGGGCAAGCCCUUGGACAAGGCACAGCAGCUCUCCGGUUGGGACCGCCGACCACUGUGUGAGGAGCAGCUUGUCUAUGCAGCUGCUGAUGCCUAUUGCUUGCUGGAGGUUUACCAAGCUUUGUGCAGAGAACCUGCCCACCUUUAUCAACUGGCAGAUGGAGGAGGCAAGGCGGAGCCCAAGCACAGCAGGAGACAAGAGUCUCAAGAGCCUCCUCUGUGGGAGGCCCCAACCCUACCUAAGCAGGUACCUGUGGCCACCAGGGAAGGAGCUGCUCCAAAAGUCCCGGCUUGGGCCUUCCGUGUAGUAUGUGACAGCAUGCUCCAGGGGCUGGCCCAGCUGCGCUGUCUUGGCAUGGAUGUAGUUGUGCUGGGCAGCCAUGAGGACCACCACAAGGCAGCUGAGGUGGCCAGACAGGAGGGAAGAAUCAUCCUGACAUGAAGGAUGCCAUACCACCAGCUUUGUGCCCAGGUUGGGGCUGGGUAUUGCCUUUCUGUGAACUGUGCCCUCAAGGCCCAGCAGCAAGCCAAGGACGUGCUCAGGCACUUCAGUGUACAAGUCACUCACACAGACAUCUUCAGCCACUGCCAGGCCUGUAACAGUGACUAGUACCUUAAAGUCUCCAAGGACUUGAUGAAGCAAUUGAUACAGCUCAGCAGCCAGCAAGAGAACCCUAGCAGCACAGGUGAUGAGACAACCCGGAGCAAAGACUCAAAGGAGGAGCCAGGGCCAGCCCCAGAGGCAGGACCUGGACCUAGGGGCUGCUCCUAUGAUCCCCCCUGCCGCUGGCUAGAAGCAGAGGACCUACAGGCCAGCACUCCAGCCACACUGAGCAAUGGCACGAGGCUGCAGCUAGAGCGGGUCCUGCCUGGUGUGCUGCAGAGCCCAGGGUUGCAGCAUUUCUACUGUUGCACACAAUGAGGCAAGGUUUUCUGGGAUGGCUCCCACCUGGGCCGCAUCACCACGCAUUUCCACGAGAUCCUGGAGGGUGGGUACCCCAGCCCCUGUGGGCCAAGAUGAGCCCUUAGCCCAACCUAGGCAGCCAGGGACAGCCAGCCAAUAAAUGUAA